AUGGUGGACAGUGUAUACACGGCAAGUACAGGUAUAAUGGGCCUACUAUUUACCAGUGCACACAAUGGUGCAGAAAUUGGAACUGGUAUUGACCCUUUAUUGAGAGAAGCAAGAAACUUAGUGGGCCCAAAGAUACCACAAAUAUUGAUUGAUUAUAAUAUUGGGACCCAAAUCAACUUAUUUGGUAGUUAUCCUUCAAGUAAUGACUUUGGUCCGAGUUUAACCUUUUCAAUCUUAUUUGCAAUUGUUUUCGUGUUUCAUCUCAUUAUUUUUAUCAUCAAUACUUCAAGAGGACACUACUUUUACUUAUCAGUUGUUUGGAUGUUUUAUUCAAUUUUCAAGGUUAUCGGUUUUGGACUUAGAGCUCAAUGGUCAUACGAUGUUACUCAGGUCGCAAUUGGAUUGACUAGUGAAGUGUUUUUACUUGUGCCUUCAAUCAUCAUUGUGUCGGCAAACUUGAUUUUAGCUCAAAGAUUAUUUACUUGGAGACAUCCUGUUGGUGGUUCAAGAACGUUGUUUUGGAGUUUUAUGAUCAAUACUUAUGUAUUUGUCGUGAUUCUUAUAGCAGUGACUAUUUUGGCAUCAUUCGUUCCUUAUUUGAACUUCCUAAGUUACACGUCUUACAGAAACUGGAUUCACACAGUGCAAUUUACUGCUGUCAUGGUUAUUUUGUAUUCAUUGACUUCGGUUGCAUUGAUUGGAUUGAGUUUCUGGUUGCCUACGAAAAAGGAUGAGUUGAGAUAUACUUAUCAACCAUGGUGGAUCGAAAGUUUUGCUCCAUUCUAUUUCGUUGAGAAAAAUGCUGCUCAAAAGGCAGAGCGUGGGUUCAUGAAAAGAAAUUCUAACCAUAGACAUGCUACCAGAGUCAUUGCUGCUACUCAUCAUCACUUUCACAGUGUCAAAGGGUUAUCAAACAGACGAGGCACUCUUAAGCAUAACAUUUCCAUGGGUCUUCUUAUUGUCACAACAGUGCUUAUCUUCAUUGCUGCAAUUUGCAGAGCAGUUGUGGUAUUUCAAGCUAGACAACAUCGAUUUGCAAGUCCAGCAGAAAACAAGUAUUUGAUGUAUGUGGUAUGGGGUGUUUUUGAACUUAUUGUUAUGAUUCUUUACAUUGUUGGUAGGGUCGACCUUCGUUUCUAUCGUCCCCCAGAUAGAUUACCAUUGGAGGUUAGACGUAUCAUCACUGCUGAACAAACCUAUUACCCAAGUUCAGAUGAAGACGACGAAGGGUUCCAUAGAGACAGACCUGAGACAUAUGAAAAGAUGCGUCAUGAUAAUAUUGCUCAUGGCUACAAAAACUCUGAAUCAAGAAUGGAACCAGCUCAUCUUUAUCCUGAACGUGACGAUGGUCGCUACGAUGAAGAAUCUGCCUUUGAUGAAGAUGCUGCUUCUUUUGAUGAUGAUGUGGAUUCAAAUGAAUGGGACUUUACGGUACCUAAAACCAAGACAACAAGCUCCAGUUCUGAUGAACCAAAUGAGAAAUACCCGCCUUACCCAGUUAGUGAAAAACCAGCAAGGCAUAGUUCGGAUAAUGAGUCCGAGUUCCACUUUUAA